AUGUCUAAAACAGCUCAAGCUAUAGCUUUCCUUUUCCUAGCAGCGACCGCAUGCACUGUAGUUCUUGUGCAGCCAGGGGUAGCCCAGGUACUGUCAACACCACAUGGAACCAAACCACAAAUUCCAGGCCUAUUCCCACCAGGAACACCAAACGAUGUAAUCCAAUGCUGGUCAUCUAUAAUGAGCAUCCAAGGAUGUGCAUGGGAAAUUUACAGGUCUAUUUUCAGUGGCCAAUUUGGCAACAUUUCCCCUGCUUGUUGUCAAGCAAUUCUUUCCAUACAGGAAAACUGUUGGCCUAAAAUGUUCCCAACAAAUCCUCCUUUCGUGCCAAAACUCAAGGAUAGCUGCUCCCAUAAUGGGGGCGGUGCUCCACCUACCUGGGUAAGCAAGAAGAUGAUUAAUUUAGUUAAUGUCCAGAUUUUUGGGCUAUGUUCUCUACUUCUUAGCAAAUAA